AUGCCAUCAGGCAGCUUUAAUAUUCUGAAGGCUUGUGGUAGAAGCGCGUUUGCAUCAAUAAGCACUUGGAAAAAGACAAUUGCAGUUUGUAGAACCAUGUCAAGCGACGCAGUAACGAUCGCAUCCCCCACUGAAAAAGCUACCGAUUUGAAGAGACGCGUCUCUGACGAUGGGCCUGUUGUUGUGAAGAAGCAAAAUAAGCCAAAGAAAGUUAAACUCAGGAGAUACAAGCCCAAGAAGGUUGAUGAGACUUCUCCAUUGGGAGUUUUACAACAUGAAAUAGAUGGGCUCCUGGCAGAGAAAGGGCUCACUAGAGAGCAGAUAAUUAAUGACAUGGUUGCGGUUCUCAAUCACAAAGACAGUUCUGAUAUCCCUAUGAGCAGCCAUUAUCAUAGGGAGGUUGCAAAUGUAUCUGUUCUGAAGAUAGGUUCGAGCGGCGACGGGCUCGCGCUCAUCCCCAACUCUGUGGAAACUAGCAAAAUGCAGGUUGUUAUUAUUCCCUUUGCGCUGCCAGGAGAUGUAGUGAAGAUCCGGGUUUUCAAGACCCAUCCUCACUAUGUUGAAAGCGAUUUGCUAGAAGUGGAACAGAAAUCACCACAACGUAAAGAUGAGCUCAUUGGGUGCAAGUAUUUUGGUAAGUGCGCUGGCUGUCAGUUUCAAUUCUUGCCUUACGAAGAGCAGUUGAAUUUGAAGAGAGAGACUGUCGCAAACGCCUACAAGUACUUCGCGCCCAGAUUACUGGAAAACGGGCUAUUGCCCAAGAUCGGUGAAACCGUAGCAUCCCCAAAAAUCUUUGACUAUAGAACUAAACUUACGCCUCAUUUCGACAUGCCAAAAAAGGUCCACAAGUUGGAAGAAAGACCUCCAUUAGGGUUUGGGCAGAAGGGGCGGCCAACUUGGAGAAAUAUUGAUGCGGGUGGAAGCAGAAGUAUUUUGGAUAUCGAGGAGUGUGUCAUUGGCACCAAAAUCCUGAAUGAGGGUAUGGAAAAUGAAAGGAAGAAAUUCGAGCGCGAUUUUAAAGGCUACAAGCGUGGCGCGACUAUCCUACUGCGAGAAAAUACUCGUGUUUUGGAUUCGCAGAAGCCAGUCGAGGAGCAGCUAGGAGACGGAUCCGUAAAUCCUGAUACUGGGAAAACCUCCUUCUUGGAAGUUACGGAAGACAAACCCCUCGCCAAAACAUGCGUCACCAACUCAAGACAGGUUGUCACUGAAUACAUUAACGGUUACACCUUCGAAUUCUCUGCUGGUGAAUUUUUCCAAAACAACAAUAGCAUCCUGCCCAAGGUCACAGAGUAUGUAUGCAGCAACCUGCAGAUCCCUGGCUCCAAACCUGAAGAUCCGCAUUACUUGGUGGACGCGUAUUGUGGCUCGGGUUUGUUUAGUAUCACUGCAUCCAAGGGUGUGGACAAGGUGAUUGGCGUCGAAGUUUCCGCUGACAGCGUGUCGUUUGCGGAAGCGAACGCGAAGGCUAACGGAGUGGAAAAUUGUAAAUUCGUGGUCGGCAAGGCGGAGUGCAUAUUUGCUUCGAUCGACACCCCAUGCGACAGGACCUCAGUGAUCCUGGACCCUCCCAGGAAAGGCUGCGACGACAUUUUUCUGAAGCAGCUCUCGGAGUACAAUCCAGCGCGGAUCGUGUACAUCUCGUGCAACGUACAUUCCCAAGCCAGAGACAUGCAGUACUUCCUGCAGGAAACCGAGAAGGGCAAGCAGUACAAGGUGGAGAGCUUGCGGGGAUUCGAUUUCUUUCCUCAAACACACCACGUUGAGAGCGUGUGUGUCCUGACCAGGGUCUAA